AUGGCUCCCAAAAGCCUACUCCCAAUCCUCCUUCCCCUCGGGUUAGCUGCGGCAGCCUGCGUGUCCUCGGGAGACCAAAACACCAUCAACAGCUUAUUCCAGUCUGGCGGCGCCGGAACCGUGGUCCAACUGUGCGCAGGCACAGUCCUGUCUGUAUCUGAUGCUAUCACCUUCACGGCAGACAACCAGGAACUCUCGACCUCGGGCUAUCCAACAGACGAUACACGGGGCACUAUUCAGGCUGCUGCUAACAGCAAUGCUAGCACUCUGAUUACCGGCUAUGGAUUUGAUGGUUUGAAAUUAACCAAUAUCCAAGUGGACGGGCUGCGUCCAAGCCUUGGUGCUGUCGAGGAUGGAGGCGCGAAUAUCGAAUUGGGCCAGGCCAGCUCUGGAAUCGUAGUAUCUAAUAUCGCGUCUAGAAACUCUCGUGGUUGGAGCUGUUUGCAUGUCAUUCAAUCUGGCGACUCCACUGCUCCAUGCACCAAUGUCACUAUUUCCAAUAACCAGAUCGGGCCAUGUGGAAACGAAGGCACCAACUCCGCUGGUGCAGGCCAGUGGGCUGAUGGCAUCUCGUUUGCAUGCCAAGAUUCGCUGAUUGAGAACAACCAUGUUAGUGGAAGCACUGACGGAGGAAUCGUCUUAUUCGGGGCUCCGGGCACCAAGGUACAGGGAAAUACCAUAGUGUCGUCGCCCACGGAUACUGGGUUUGGCGCAAUCAACAUGGUCGACUGGCUUUAUGAUGGCAGUUAUGCUAACGUUGUUGUGACGAACAAUACCAUCACUGGCGAUAAACUGUUUAAUGUCGGAAUCGCUAUUGGGGCAUAUGUAUGGGGAUUUUCCGACGGUACAAAUCCGCUGCAAGGGCCGGCAACAGUCACGGACAACGUGUUUAGUGGAAAUAUCACGUUCCCGAUUGCUAUCAACGGCUGGACGAAUGGCCUGACGGCAACUGGAAACGACGUAUCCGGUGUCACCAACCCAAAUUCGGCCUUCUCCGAGUCCAAUGACUGCAGCGCUGCGACCAAAGCCCUCUGGACCGAGAACGCACAUCUGUCGUAUUACCCGGCCGGAUUGACAGGUUCCUCGAACCUGCAGACUGACUUUGUUGCUGCAAAGAACAACGCAACUGCAUUCCUCUGCACCACGGCGCCUCUGCCAGCCUCAGUCAGCUACGCGCCAAACGAACUCAACGUCGGGCCUGGCAGCACGCUCGCCAAUCUCCACAACGGCAUCGUCACGAACUACCAGGGUGACAACAACAUAGUCACCUCCAAUACGUCGACAGGGGACUAUGUGACACUAUGGGCCUCGGGCAAUACUUCGUCUACGUGUGGAUCUGACGCAACUGCGUGCUCUUGCGUCUUUCAGAGUGACGGCAAUUUUGUGACCGAUGUGUCUGGCCAAGCGCAAUUUUCGAGUGGCACAACAAACACAGGGCACACGCUGACGUUUUUGAACCAGAGUCCAUGGAUCCAGAUCACGGACGAGUCAGGCAAGGUCGUUUGGACGACGGCGGAUACGAGCUAA